CCUGUUUUUUAGUGACGAAUCACGGCUGAGCGCAUUUUAUGCAUUGUUUUUGAAAUGCAUUGGUUAUAAAUGUGUAACAAAGAGAAAUACUGCAAAUAAUAGAAGCAAAUUUUAUCAAGAUCAGUGUAUUUGUGCAGAUAUUCAGCCAGUUCUCGUGCGUUUAGGUGUAAGCAGCAAGAAAACGUACAGUGCACCAGAGCAAUAAAUACAUUUAUUUUUUGUAGCCAUCGUAAUUACUUUUGUCCAACAAUUGACAAAUAAAAGUAUAACGAUCACUAAAGUAGUUGGAUAGCGACUAAAUAAUAGAACAAUGAAGAUAACGGUAACCACGCUAACUGAUAGCGUAUUUUUCUUGGAUGUUUCCGAGGAACUGGAACUGGAAAACUUCAAGGCAUUCUGUGAAGUUGAAUCUGGUCUACCCAGCGCCGAGAUCAUUAUUGUAUUCAAUGGGGCGCCAUUGCUGGAUGAUAAAAAAUCGCUCAAACAUUUCGGCAUUAAAGAUGGUGACUGUGUUAUAUUACAGCGUUUACCAAUCGCUCGUUCCGCUGGUGCUCCAGCAGUUGGAGGUUUAGAUGCAGCCUCGUCAAUUGGAGGUAUAGAUUUUAGUAAUAUACUAAUACCCGGCGUUGGUGGCAGCAAUACUUCCGGGCUGGCACCAGGUUAUCGUCCCGCACCCAGCGGUAUGGAUUAUUCUGAAUCUGAUGAAUUUAAUGUCAACUACGAUGAUGAUCCAGCUGCUGUGCGUCAAAUGUUUCUUUCAAAUCCGGAAUCCUUGUCAUUACUGAAACAGAACAAUCCAAGACUAGCCGACGCAUUGCUCUCAGGAAAUUUGGAAAACUUCGCAAAGAUAUUACGCGAGCAAAUCGAUCUCAGAAAACAACGUCAAAUGCAACGUUUACGCAUGUUGAAUGCUGAUCCAUUCGAUGAAGAGGCGCAACGUCUUAUUGCUGAGGAGAUUAAACAAAAAAAUAUUCAAGACAACAUGGCAGCCGCCAUUGAAUAUAAUCCAGAAAUCUUUGGCACUGUCACUAUGCUCUACAUAAACUGUAAAGUCAAUGGUGUGCCGGUAAAAGCGUUCGUAGAUUCAGGUGCACAAACUACAAUAAUGAGUGCAGGAUGCGCUGAGCGCUGCAAUGUGAAUAGGCUAAUCGAUACUAGAUGGAAUGGCGUUGCCAAGGGCGUUGGUACUCAGCGAAUCAUUGGCCGGAUACACAUGGUUCAAUUGCAGAUUGAAAGCGAUCAUCUAACCUCGAGCUUUUCAGUUCUGGAAAAGCAACCAAUGGAUAUGCUACUCGGACUCGACAUGUUGAAACGCCAUCAGUGUAAUAUUGAUUUGCAACGUAAUGUGCUGCGUAUAGGUACUACCGGUACCGAGACCCAAUUCUUGCCCGAAAAUGAACUGCCAGAUUGCGCACGUCUUACUGGUAAUUCUGAGGAGGAAUUAAAGCUAUUGGAGAAAUCAGCCAGCGAGGCAGAGUCGCGUGAUAUACAGCAAGCGAUUGAACAAAGCAAGCAAGAUGCAGCUAGUAACAUUGCCAUUACCAUAGCAUCAACUUCGAAGAGAUCUCAAGGUGGUACAUCUAAUAGCGUAUUAUCGAAUGAUAGCUUCACUGAGAGUGAUGUCGCCGAUUUGGUUAGACUUGGUUAUAAUCGUGAUGAUGUGAUUGCUGAAUUGCGACGACAUAACGGCAAUAAAACGCAGGCGACAGCUGCGCUUAUUGCUAAGUCGUUGAGAUUUUGAGAAGACGUUGGCGUCGUCAGCACUGUCGCCGCCCUAAACCACUAGAUCAGACACAAAAGAUAUAAAACGCAAUAUUUAAAAAAAAAUGUAACGGAUUAACCAUGCCACUGUUUGCAAUACAUGUUUACAUAUAUAAAUCUUACAUGUAUGAAUAUGCGUAAAAUUAUCAUUAUCUGAUAAAAGAAAUGACAUAAAACACGUGCAGUAGCAAUAUUUUGAGAGAAAGCGUCAGCUUCGGGAAUGGAUUAAGCCUACCACAUCAUACAAACUACCUCAGGCUAGAGCAUUUCUUAUUAUAUACACAUGGAGUGGACAAAUACUGCGAUGGAUUUGUGGGGGAAAGUCACCAGACUCGGAUCAAUUGAGAAUAGCUACAAAAAUAUAAAUAAUUAAUUGAACAAAACUGUUAUCAUUUAGAUAUUAAAUUAAAAUUUUGGGUGAAUGCGAAAUGUCAACGAAAAAUAUUGGUUUUUGAAGGACUUCAAUACACUUUUUAUAACAUCGAUUUUUUGGGUCUAGUUAAGUAACGAAACAGGUUUCCUGUAAAAAUUUAUGAUGUAUGUACGAAAGGGGUUUAACUUGCAAACGUAGCACGAUAUAAGAAAAGUAAAAUGGAAAUACUUAAUAAAUAAAGAAAAAAUAGGUGAAAUUAGAACAAAA